AUGCCGGCUCCUGGUCCUCCUGCUCAUAGCCCAGCUUUCCGACAACAGUUGGUCAUCCCUACGCGAAGAGAGCAUGUGGACCACCCACACGUAGCGACAAGCGUGCAGUAUGGUCGUAGGACUGCGCCGAGGAACAGCGUGCGCAGCCAGCGAUAUGCUCCAUAUCCGCCUGCGUCUCCAAACUAUCAGGCUGCCCGUCCCGGAGCAGGAUAUGCGCCGCCUGCCGUUACGGCACCAGUCUCGCGUCUGAACUUCGUGGAGCCGCAGCAGCGAUACCAGCAAUACCAGCAUCCCCCGCAACAACAAUAUGGUAAUGUCUUCCCUGACGCGGAUCUGAUGAGGUUUCCGUCAAAUUCGAGUCAGGAUACUUUGGGCCAUGGCACUUCGCAUCCUGUGGGAUAUCAGCCUUCAGGCAAUACCUUCCAGGAGGAAGAUUUGCGAGCUGAGGACUUUGAGCAAGCCGGACUGAACUUGGACGCAGUUCAAAAUGGGGUGCCUGAUGAGAAUGGCGGGGACGCCCAAUACCAGUCCGACUUUUCGGACUUCCAGAAAUUCUUGUUGCAUUCAUCCGGGGAUAUGUCGGAUGGAUCGUACAGCCUUAACCAGAUGGCUUCACGUCCGAUCUUUCAUCGGUAUCCCGCUCCUGCUCCUGCUCCCGGUUACCAGCAGCCCCUUUCGAAACCUACCUUUACCGACUACAAUGUCGCUGGGGCUUACCAAAGUCCAUAUGGGCCGACCAUGUAUGCGCCACAGCAUACGCAUCUCCAUCCGCAACAGCGACCGGGACCGAUGUACGCACCAGGCCCCGUCAACAAUGUCGUCAUGCAGCAGGCAGGCGCGAUGUACGCGCCAGGCUCCGUCAACAACAACUUCGUACAGCAGCCGGGUACGAUGUAUGCGCCGGGCUACGUCAACAACUUCGUCGUGCAGCAGCCUCGACCGACGGCACAGCCGCGAAGCGGGGCAACAUACCCUGUCUCCUACGCAACGACUGAGGAAUGGGUUGAGGCGCAACGAAGGCAAGAGAAGAGGGUGAAUGAGGGUGAGGAUAAGGAUGACGGAGGGGAUGUAUGA